AUGCUAACUCUUCCAUUGCUCAUCUCUUUAACAUUCUUAGUUUCAAUUCUAAGUAUUUCCUUUGCAAUAGAUACCAUUAGCUCCACUCAAUUCCUUAAAGAUGGUCAUACUAUUGUUUCUUCGGGUGGAAUCUUUGAGAUGGGGUUUUUUAGCCCUAUCGGUUCACAAAAUCGCUACGUUGGUAUAUGGUACAAGCAAAUACCUGUAUGCACUGUAGUUUGGGUUGCCAAUAGAGAUAUUCCCCUCACUAACACAUCAUCAGUGGUCUUGAAGAUUGUCGAUCCAGGCCGGUUAGCUCUUGUUGAUGAUGCCAACACUUCCAAUAUCUGGUAUACUAAUUCUCCCAGAUCAGUUCAGAAUCCAGUAGCAAAAUUAUUGGAUUCUGGGAAUCUGGUGGUGAUAGAUGCAAGUGAUGAUAAUUUGCUGUGGCAAAGUUUUGAUCAUCCUACAGAUACUCUAUUGCCAGGCAUGAAACUUGGGAGGAAUUUAGUUACUGGUGUUGACACGACUAUAUCGUCAUGGAAGUCAGAAAACAAUCCAGGGAUGGGGGAAUAUAAGCUUUGGCUUGAUCCUGUAGGAUAUCCACAAAUCAUCAUAAGAAAGGGUAUAAAGGAAGUGUUCCGAUCAGGGCCGUGGAAUGGUGUGCGUUGGAGUGGAUCACCUAAUUCACCUGGAAUGGUUAAAAAGAGCGAGAUUUCUGAAAUUUUUGUAAUCAUUAAUAUGAAGGAGGUUUCCUACACUUAUAAUAGCUCAACUUUGAUCAGGAUGGUCCUGUCAAACUCUGGGAGUACAGAUGUCUAUAUAUGGGCAGAAGGAACAAGGGAAUGGAACAUUAUCCGUAAAGUUGCAGCAACAGAUGUUUGUGACAAUUAUGGAUCCUGUGGAACAUAUGGGAGUUGUGACAAUAAUAACUACCCUAAUUGUGGAUGCUUGGAUAGAUUUUUGGCUAGAGAUCCAGGAGCAUGGGGCAGGGGAGAUUUUUCCCGAGGGUGUGUUCGUAGGACACCUCUGAAGAAUUGUCAAAAUGGAUCCUCAUCCUCAUCAUCCUCAGAUGGAUUCUUGAAAUACUCUGGGGUUAAAUUGCCAGAUACAAGGUUUUCAACCUUCAAUACUAGUAUGAACCUUCAAGAGUGCAGGCAAGUUUGCUUCAACAAUUGCUCUUGUAUGGCUUACUCAAGUUUAGAUAUAAGUAAUGGGCAAAAUGGGUGCUUGCUUUGGUUUGGAGAUCUGGUCGACAUUAAAGUGGUACCUUCAAAUGGGCUAGAUCAAGAUCUUUACAUAAGGAUGGCUUCCUCCGACUUAGACUAUCAUUCAAGCUCAAAGGGCAAGAAAUCAAAAAUAAUCAAAUUGACUUCAUCAAUAUUAGCUGGAGUUUUGGUGCUGAGCUUGAGCCUAACUCUGGUCAUAAUAUUGUACAAACGAAAAAGGAAGGAGAUUCUUUUAAACUUAAAAUUGGAAGAACAUCAAACACUAUUUGAAGUAUCUACAAUAACAAGAGCUACUCAUAAUUUUUCACUCAACAACAAGAUUGGAGAGGGAGGAUAUGGACAUGUUUACAAGGGUAUUUUGGAUGAUAAGAAGGAAAUAGCUGUGAAACGACUUUCAAAGACAUCUAAACAAGGGCUUGGAGAAUUUAAAAAUGAAGUCACUUCGAUUGCCCGACUUCAACGUAGGAAUCUUGUGAAACUUCUGGGAUGGGAUCUAAAAGCUAGCAACAUUUUGUUGGACAUUGAUAUGAAUCCAAAAAUAUCAGACUUUGGAUUGGCAAGGAGCAUUGAGUUAAAUGAGACAGAAGCAAAUACUAAUCGAGUCGUUGGAACACUUGGUUAUAUGUCACCAGAGUACGCUGGACAUGGGAUCUUCUCUAUUAAAUCAGAUGUCUUCAGCUUUGGUGUCUUGGUACUAGAAAUUGCGAGUGGGAAAAGAAAUAAGGAUUUUUCUCAUAAUCAAGAUCACUAUGAGAAUCUUCUUGGCCAUGCAUGGAAGCUAUAUAGAGAUGGUAGAUUGAUUGAACUUGUAGAUGAGCAUUUGGAUGAACCACGUGAUUUUCCUCAAGUUCUAAGAUCAAUUCAUGUUGGUCUCUUAUGUGUUCAACACUAUCCUGAAGAUAGGCCAAACAUGUCUUCUAUAGUACAUAUGUUGGCUAAUGAUGUUGAGUUGCCCAUUGCUAAAGAGCCUGAUGAAUUGGCUUCAACUGUCAUUCUUCCUGUGAAAAAACCAGGCUCUUUAGCAUUGGGCAACUCAACAUUGUUAGCCAACAUAUGUACUAUAGAAAACAUGCUUGGCCUAUCUUCAGGAUAG